GGCUUUUUGUUCUAGCCUUUGAUUCUACAAUUCGACGUGGUCUCGUGGGUUUGUUAGUAGCAAGUGUACUUGGAGAUAAACUCCUCUAAGUGUUCAACGUCCUAUCCCACCCUCGAAGUCUCAUCUGCGAUUCACCAACCUCUCAAAAUGAGCCCCUCCGACUCCAACCUACAAUUCCACUUGUUCCGUGAGCUGCCCAGCGAACUCCGAGAACUAAUCUGGAAGUUCUCCCUCCGCCGUACUGUUCGAGUUCAACUACAGCUAGAAGCUCGUGGAAUUCCAACACUUUCAACUGAGCAUGUAAGAGGUCUUUGUACGUUCUCAUACAAGAACAAUACCGUCCCCACAGCCCUUCGAGUCUGCAAAGAAUCCCGCCAAAUAGCCACUUCCACUUACGAUUGCUUCCCUCCCCAAGCUAUCAGCAAUCGCAUUCAUCCACCGAACCUGUACUAUUAUCCUUUGUAUGACGAUAUCCAUAUAGAAGGAGGAGCCGCGUUACUUGAAUAUACGAAACUUUUCGGACUACGCCCUUUGGAUAUGAAAACUUUCGCGAUGCACAUUGGUGCUUUCGCGGCGAGCCAAUUUCCUGGACCUCCUAUGAAGGUUUACUGGAGCUGGCAGCAGACCAUAGACAGAGCAAAUGGAACCAGCGAGAGAGCUUUCAAGCCAACUUGCCGAACGAAGCUGCAUCGAGUGAGGCGCAACAAACGGGCGGUCUCUUUCUGGACAUUUCGCAGAUCGUCUGUGACUGGCAGCGCCUCUUGCAUUCCCUCUUGUCCUUGCCAAGAGCCAGUGCCCUAUCUGCAUUGGCGACGAAUCGAAGAGCUAUGAGGAGCGGAUGGGCUCUUUUUGCCGCCCUGCGAAGAUGAUGGAUCACGUUGAACGGAUUCACCUCAAAGGAAGAGAUCCGCACACUAAGAUAGAGUGUUAUCACCCAGCGUGCAAGUCUCGGGGGCUUGUUCUCGAGCACGUGGAGCAUUUCAAAGGCCACGUAGAGGAAGUGCACGGCGUCAAGCUCCGGGAACCAAGGUUUGUGCGUUCGUCAAAAUAGACUGCGUUCCAUUUCAUAUCUAGAUCAUCAAAUUACUAUCCCUAUCGUACUACGUUUUUUUAAUUCUCUCCGGCCCUGCUAGUGAUCUUGUGCUAUGUUUGGAGGCAAGACCUUGCUAUCUUGAUGCAUCUCGCCAGCAGUGAAGGACUCUCCACAAGCUACGUCACUAAGCCAAGCCGCCUUUCUGCACAAGUGGUGCUUAGGUAGUAUAACCAUCUAGAUACUGAGGGCCCGACCACUUACACCAACAAUUUGUUUGCGCC